AUGAGAGAUCCAGCCUUCCCAGGGACUGCCAUGGCUUACCACCCCUUCCACGCACCCCGGCCGGCCGACUUCCCCAUGUCCGCUUUCCUCGCCGCCGCCCAGCCGUCCUUUUUCCCCGCGCUGGCUCUGCCUCCGGCGGCGCUGGCGAAGCCCAUGCCGGACCCCGGGCUGGCCGGGGCGGCCGAGGCCGGGCUGCACGUCUCGGCCCUGGGACACCACCACCAGGCCGCCCAUCUGCGCUCGCUCAAGAGCCUGGAGCCCGAGGAGGAGGUCGAAGACGACCCCAAAGUAACGCUGGAAGCCAAAGAGCUCUGGGACCAGUUUCACAAGCUGGGCACCGAGAUGGUGAUCACCAAGUCCGGGAGGAGGAUGUUCCCCCCGUUCAAGGUGCGGGUGAGCGGCCUGGACAAGAAGGCCAAGUACAUUUUGCUGAUGGAUAUAGUGGCGGCCGACGACUGCCGGUACAAGUUCCACAAUUCCCGCUGGAUGGUCGCCGGCAAGGCCGACCCGGAGAUGCCCAAGCGCAUGUACAUCCACCCCGACAGCCCGGCCACGGGGGAGCAGUGGAUGGCCAAACCUGUUGCCUUUCACAAGCUCAAGCUCACCAACAACAUCUCGGACAAGCACGGCUUUACCAUCCUGAACUCCAUGCACAAGUACCAGCCCAGGUUCCACAUAGUCCGGGCCAACGACAUCCUCAAGCUGCCCUACAGCACCUUCCGCACCUACGUGUUCCCCGAGACCGACUUCAUCGCCGUCACCGCCUACCAGAACGACAAGAUCACCCAGCUGAAAAUCGAUAACAACCCCUUCGCCAAGGGCUUUCGGGACACGGGCAAUGGCCGGCGGGAGAAGAGGAAGCAGCUCUCGCUGCCGUCCCUGCGGAUGUACGAGGAGCCCUGCAAGCCCGACCGCGACGGCGGCGAGUCGGACGCCUCCUCCUGCGAGCCCUCGGCGGUGCGCGACGCCCUCCACUCCCCCGUGGGCGCCCUCCCCAGCCCCCUGCGCCUCAAGGGCAGCGGCAGAGAGGAGAAGCCGGGGGCCGACAGCGACGCGGAGGUGGAGAAGGCGCCCGAGGAGCGGCCGGUGGCAGCGGCCAGCCCCGGCGGGGAGGACGCGACGCCCCGAGGCAGCCCCCGGUGUCCGGAGGAGCGGAGCAAGGAGAGGCGCAGCCCGGAGAAGGUCAAGGAUGGUGCAUCCUCCCGGGAGGGUCCCGGCGAGGGCCUGUUCGGCGCACGGGGCCUGGAGAAGGACAAGGUGGAAGGACGGAGGAAAGAGCCGGACCCGGGCAAGAAGGAUGCGGAGGGCGGCGGGCUGGGCAAGGAGGCCUUCGCCCCGCUGAUGGUGCACACGGACAGCCCCCCGCACCUGAGCGCCGGGCACCUGCAGAGCCUGGCGCUCUCCGGCCUCCAUGGGCAGCAGUUCUUCAGUCCCCUGGGUGCCGGGCAGCCCCUCUUCAUCCACCCGGGACAGUUCGCCAUGGCCCCCGGCGCCUUCUCCGCCAUGGGCAUGGGACACUUGCUGGCCUCGGUGACUGGCGGGGGCAGCCUGGAGAACGGAGCCCUCUCGUCUGCCCCAGGCACAGCGGGGACGGCCACCCCCUUCCCUUUCCACCUCUCCCAGCACAUGCUGGCCUCUCAGGGAAUCCCGAUGCCCACCUUCGGCGGACUCUUCCCCUACCCCUACACCUACAUGGCGGCAGCUGCGGCAGCCGCCUCGGCCAUGCCGGCCACCAGCGCGGCGGCCGCUGGGCCGCUCUCCCGCAAUCCGUUCCUGGGCAGCAGCCGUCCCCGCCUGCGCUUCAGCCCCUACCAGCUCCCGGUCACCAUCCCUCCCAGCACCAACCUGCUGACCACCGGCCUGCCCGCCAGCCUCAACCCCGGCUCCGAGGGCUCCAAGGCCGGCAGCAGCCGGGAAUCCAGCCCGCUCCCCGAGGUGCCCCUGCACAAGGGGGGCAGCCAGCGCCCCGCCGCCUCCCCCAAGGGCUCCCUGAAGGAGUCCCUCAACGAACUGCAGAACAUCCAGAGACUGGUGAGCGGGCUGGAGAGCCAGCGGGAGCUGUCACCCGGCAGGGAGUCCCCCAAGUGA